CAGCUCGAGAGCUUCACUCCCCGACGACAUCGCCCUCUGCCGGUCGCCAACGAGCAUGGCUCUGGACAACGUCGAGAUGCUGGGCGGCCUGCGUGGCCUGUACCAAGAUCUCUCAACGCUCUCAGAGUCGUCUAUUCCGAACAUUGAACGCCUAUGCAUGGAGCUCGAAGCUCACAUCCAGGAUUUCAGGAAACUGCUUGACAAGCCCGCAAAAAGCGACAAAAGCCGACAAGCCGUCCUUUCAGGAAAAAUCACAGUUGGUGAUGUCGAAUAUGCGAUCAACGAGGACUUCCAGCAAGGAGCGCUGCAGCUAGCAGAUGCCUUGAAUAUCGAUGAAUUGGAAGCGGCGGCUUUAUUUAUGGCUGCUCAGGAUGAUGCACGGCAGCUAGAUCGGACUCCUCUCAUCACGGCGAUCAUGCAAUUCCACGAACGCAGGCACUUCUUGUUAGAAUGUUUGCGGCUCAUUCUUCGCGAGUCAUUUGAAGUCGAAAGGGAGGAGGUGCAAGAACUUAUGCAGGAGACUGUCGCUCAGGUUCUUGAAACGAAGAAUGGUCCCUUGCGAAAUGGAUCGCUCUUCGCUAGGAAAGCCAUGGAUUCCAUGGGGGAAAUCGAAAAAUGGCUGUUUCUUCUUGGCGAACAGGUCCAUAAAGCGUCGGUAGUAGGGCAGACAGAGGACCCUGAUGUUAUGGAAGCCAUUGAAUAUCAAAGAACUAGUCUGGGGCAACAGCAUGAGUCUCUGGGGGCGAUCCUCUGCUACCUUUUCAAAGGUAACUUUACCAGUUCAGAAGACCUCCGAUUGCUUCUGGAAAAGAUGCGGAAGUUCGAUCGAUUUGAUAUGCUACUGGUCCACUAUAUCCCUGCCAUUAUCGCAUCGUUUGUUCAAUACGGCUCCCCAGAAGGUUCAGGGUCUCUUCGCGAGGCGCGAGGUUUACAUCAGACAAUCACGGCUUCUAAAGACAGUCAACCCUGGAGCCUGCCUAAUUUCCAUGCAACUGUGACCGCGCUAUGGUUAGCAGUAUAUAGUGGGUGGUAUUUUGAUUCUGGACCUGCCUCCCCGCUUCAGGGUAUCGACCUCGAUAAAGAGUCCGAUGAUCGUACGAAAAAGUUCAUGGCUGCACUAGACGAUGGAGCGCUGGACUUCAUGCUUGCCAUAUGUGCCGGACUCAGCAACGAUGAAUGGCAUGACCCUGCUAGGAGAGAAUUGGUUUCGCUACUCCUGAAGGAGAGCACGGCCACGGUUCUCGAAGCUGACAACUGUUCGGACUACCUGAAGUCUCUUCUGAUGGAGCAUCUUGAGAUGUUCGCAGAAUCCUGCAUUGCGAAUAUGCCGGAUGCUGUCCGUAUGCUCAAAUCUGAGGAAGAUCUUCAGAGGCUCAAUCAAAUCACCGCGCUUCGAGACGGUUUCACUUCUAACUUGCAUCGUGGCCUGGUAGAGGCACGGACGCACCUUGAGUCAUUCCUCAUGGUCAUGGCGUUCGCCUUUGAACAUCGUCAUGAUGCCGCGCAAGAAUUUUGGGCCGAUCCGGAAGGUAACUUGUACGGCUUCUUACAAUGGGCGUCAAAACGACAGACUGUUCCUCGCGUCAGCGCCUUCUGCGAGAUGCUAUGUUCAAUAUCGGAAGGGGAAGAUAACGCUACUGCGGCACAUCGAUUUCUUUCAGAAGAGGAGAAGUACAUGUCUAAGUUCAGGCGAUCAGCCUCAAUGAAUUGGACUCAAAUGUUCGCUGAGCUUCAAUUCUAUGCGACAAAGGUCACCGAAAAGCCAUCGACCUCGCAAACCAUGCUUCACACACGGAAAUCCGAGCCGGCUGAUAUGAAUGAACCAGAGAGUCCUGUGAUGUUGACCUGCUAUCUUCGUCUGAUGGGACACCUCUCUAAGGAGAGUCGGGCAAUUAGAGAUUGGAUGCUACAUCAUCCGACGUUCAAUGUUGUUGGCAUCUUGCUGACAUUGUCCAGCGGUUCUAUUCCUACUCACCUACGGGCAAGUUCCUUCGCUGCUCUGCGAUCGCUGAUGACGGAGCGUACGUCCGUCGAUGGCAACGAAAUGUGGCAGUCCAUUGAUCAAUGGAUAUCUGGGGCCACAGUAAAUGCACCCGGCCUUGCUAAGGUUCCCAUGGUCUCUAACCCUCCUGUGUGGCAUGAGCGACAUGCGUUUCAAAGAAUUGGGGAGAGUUUCGAUCAGACGAACGCAUUCGUUUCCCUAAUACACACUCUCGUUUCUCCCAGCUCUGAUUUGGCCGAAGUUCACUUGUCUCUACCUUUCCCCGAGUCUCUCGGGGCGUCUUAUCGAAUGCCCGGUAUCGAGCCUUACAUUGAUUUUGUCUUGGGCCAAGCAUUAGCCCGAAAAGUCCCCGAUUUAGCCGACAACCAAGGCCGACUGCUCGCGUACAACUGCUUGAGUUUCGCCGCGACAUGUCUGGCAACAUUUAAUGAAAAUCUUGUGGUUCUCAUCAACCAGCCGUCUGUAUCGUCGGAGGCGGUUUUAAAAUCGUCUUCUCUGAACACUUACAUGCGGCUUCAUCCGUUUGCUCGUGUAUCUGAGUGGCUCUUCAAUGAGGAUGUCAUCAAAUCCCUUUUUGCAGUCGCGCAUCAGGAUGUAUCAGAAAUUGCCAGAGCCUCAUCUGACUCUAUCCUUGUCCUUGCUGUGCUCAAGAGCAUUGAAGUUAUGAACCUGAUACUGGAGCUCCAGUCAACUUACCUCAAUGUGGUCCGUCCUCUGGUCCGGUCACAGACGGGUGGUAGCAGAACUACGGUCUCCAAUUCGUCACUCGCUUCCUUUGAAGACAGCAUCCUAAACAACCUGGGUGUAAUACCAGAUCUCUGUCUCUACUGCGGCACUGGGCAUCAGCAAUUGACUGUCGCCUCUAUGACUCUGUUGGAGAAACUGUCGAGCUCUCGAAAAUUAAAUAAGAUGUCAGCACCCGAUUUCUCAAGAUGGAAAUCUCCAAACAAGAUAGUAGAGGUUAUGAGCACGGAUGUCGAUGUGGACAGCGUGGCACGUCCACUAGUAUCACAGAUGCAACCAGAUCCGAGGGAGCUAGAAUACGGACCUCAGUCGUCGGGGUAUCUCAUCAGAGAGAGCCUACUUGGACUUCUGAACAGCUGCCUUGACAUGAUCACAGACAGGCCAUCCUUGGCUCAUCUGCUGCUUGGCUUCUCGUGUGUUGGUACGGUGCUCGAUGUUGCUCCAGACAGCUUAUUCUCAAACGGGAUGUCCCUGCUGCAUGCUAUUGUUGAGUUCAUCCAGACUUAUCCCGAUGAAGCCGAUGGUAUAAUCACGUCCUGGAUGGUACAUCUGAGGCGUAUGGCAUUCGAAGUGCUGAAACAUCUAUGGUCAUCUAAACUUUCUUCUCCUUUCGCACUUAUGGAAUUACGUACUAGUCGCUUCCUCUUCACAUCAUUCGCGAGUCAGCCAAUCAUCGGUCCCAGUACUCUAUGGGAUGGGUUGCCUGUGUCCGCUGAAGAAUUCUGGCUCUCCGACUCGGCAACCUCUCUAUCAGAGUUUCUGGUGUGUCGGAGUCUCAUAUAUGACUAUGUCCUAACAGAAAUCCGAUCCGCAGCUAAGCUUGGAUCUCCGACUCUCCAGGCAGACAUUUUAUCUACUUUAUUCGGAACAACUUCCUUGGAGACUGGUGAGACCGUUUUUAAUCCCACCGUCUUCGAUCUCUUCGACUUUGCAGACCUGGACAUCUCGGGACAGUUUGACCCGCCGAGGUUGAAUUUCCUUGCCGAUGUGGAUUUUGACCUCUGCGCAAAAGCUCAAGCGGACGCUUCUCUGGUCCUAUACGACUUGGAAGCUGCUCAAGAACUUGUUCAGCUGAGAAAGGAUGAAUUGCUUCAGAGUGGCGCCAUGAAGCCACAAGAUGAAGAGCAAUUCGUUGCUGAAGUUGAAGAGCUCAUGAUCUUCUUGCGCAUAACUAAUCAGAGCCGUCAAGUCCGGUUUAACCGGUAUCUUGCACUCCGAUCGUGGACUGAACUCGUCACAGCCAUUAUCACGUCUUGUGACAUAGACAGUGGACGCCAGACGACCUUUAUUCUGCAUGCCAUUCAACUAGCUCUUCCGAAACUGGAGGUCGCCAUCAUGGAGAACGCAUUUGAAGCGAUCGAAUUAGCACGACUUUCAGAGACACUCAUUGGCAAACUUGACUCGGGUGCAACUAAGACGCAGUCCGGCAGGGGUGGAGACGUGAUAGAUGAGAAACUCUUCCAGCUUUUCCAAAUUUGCACUCGCGGCAUCACGUCUGCUAUUGGAAACCUAUCCCUAAGGGAGACAUUUUACAAUAUCUGCUCUCAGUAUCUCUCUCGGAUCACCUCGUCAGGGCCGCGAUACGCCACAUUGAGACGCCAUAGUCAAAAAACGGUGAAGAGCACCGGCCCUGCCCUUGUCGAGAUGAUAUGUGACGACGCAUAUGCCGGUCAAGAGACUUGCAGGGUCUCUGCCCUACUUUUAUUGAAUCUCCUGGCCACUCUGGAUAGUCAAGAGAACGCUUUCUACUUAGCGGACUGCAUUUCUCAAUCAAAUUAUCUAAGCAUGUUCUUAGACGCUGUGCGGGCCUUGCCUACUGAGUUCCGCAACGCUCAAGCUAGCGAUACCCCAUUAUUGUUGUCGUUUUACGAGGCUCUGUUGUCCUUACUCCAGCAACUGUCACAGACCAAGCCAGGGGCUAUCCAUGUUUUGAACGCUGGUCUUUUCCAGGCAGUACGGCAGUCACAACUUUUCGCUGCUGAUCCAGAUAUCGGAAUUGACAUCGACAACCAAAACUCUCUGCGAAAGUAUUACGAGCUUCUACUGUCUGUCAUGCGAGUCAUUGUCUCUGCCGUCUUAGUGCGUGGAGUACACAAUGAGCAAAUCUUCGAACAGACGCGGUCUUUCUUGGCAGAAAACCGGCAAAGCAUGGUUGGGAUAUUCAAACGAUUUGCGAAAAUCGGUGGAGUAACCUCGGCGGGGAGCGACGACAUACUCGAAGAUCUAGUGAAGUCUUACUUGGUUCUUAUCACUGCCACAGACUUUGUCGAGCAGAACUCGAGAGCCACGGAACAGAAAGGCGGCAAGCGCAAGUCCAUCGGUAAGAGGAAACUCUCCGAUCACGGCGAGGCGUCGCAGCAGCAGCAGCAGACUACUAUAUCAGAAUUGCUCGCAAGGAACAAUACCCCCCUUGUUAAGGACCAACACCCCGAUUCAUCCUCACCGUCCACGUAUAAGCGACUCCGUCCUUCGUCCCCGUCUGCUAACUCGCCCGCCUUGGACCGAACACAGGACCUUAUCUCCCCCGAGAAAAUGUAUAACUUCUCGAAUUCGGAGCCCAAGGCUGGCGGGGUAUUUGCGCAGAGGAGCUCAGGAUCCGAUACCUCUCCUGCAGCUCUGAGAGCCCGAGCUUACAAUGCGUCAUCACGACCGAGCAACUUCACGCCCCAUACCGGUGCGAAGAAACUCGUCGUGAAGAAUCUGCGGGCAGGGCCGCGAUUAAACCAGGAUGCUUACUUUGAUAAGGUGUGGGCUCAGCUGGACGCUGCGCUGGUCGCGAUCUUCGACAACCGAAAACCGGACACGUCCUUGGAGGAGCUUUAUAAGGGGGCCGAGAAUGUCUGCCGUCAGGGCCGUGCUGCAGUGCUGGCAAAGAGGUUGCGAGAAGAGUGCAAGGAGCACAUAUCAGGGAAGCUGCGCCAAGGUCUCCUGAGUCGGAGUGCGGAUGGAGAUAAUGUCGAGGUUUUGCGAGCAGUCGUUGCGGCGUGGAAUACAUGGAACUCUACGCUGGUCACCAUCCGAUGGAUAUUCUAUUAUCUGGAUCAGUCAUUCCUCCUGCAUUCGAAAGAUUUUCCUGUCAUUCAUGAAAUGGGAUUGAUCCAGUUCCGCUCUCACAUCUUCUCGGAUUCAGAACUAAAACCUAAGAUCCUCCAAGGUGUCUGUGAUCUGAUUCUAGCAGAUCGAAAGGAAGACAACGCCACGUCACUCGACUCAACAUUGCUACGACAGGCGAUCGGAUUGUUCCACGAUCUUGGUGUCUAUACAAGUGACUUUGAGCCGCAGUUGCUCGCUGAAUCGGAGACUUUCUUCGCCUCCUGGGCUGAUGCAGAAGCUGAAAAGUAUCUCGCCACGUAUGUCGAGAAUUCCCACCGUUUGAUCGACCGUGAAGUGAGCAGAUGCGAUCUGUAUUCCCUCAGCAGAAGCACAAGACAGAAGCUAGCUGAGCUUCUCGAUGAGAACCUUGUCACCCGAAAAGAAGAUGUACUGCUCAAUCAGAACGAGGUCUUGGGACUACUACGCACUGGCAACCAGAUCGCUCUCGAGCGUCUUUAUACUUUACUUGAGCGUCGGAAUCUCGGGUCGAAGCUUAAAUCUGCUUUCAGUGCUCACAUAGUAGAUGAGGGUUCAACAAUCGUGUUUGACCAAGAGAGAGAGUCUGAGAUGGUAGUACGGUUACUGGAAUUCAAGAAACAGCUUGAUGAUACGUGGAGGGAAUCAUUCCACAGGGACGAAGUCCUGGGCCAUGCUCUCCGCGAGGCUUUCGAGACGUUCAUGAACAAGGGCAAAAAGUCGGAGUCCAGCUGGGGUACUGACAACCCCAAGACGGGUGAGAUGAUUGCCAAGUACGUUGAUAUGCUUCUGAAGGGAGGGCUCAAAGUGCUUCCGGGAAGGAAGACGGAGGAUGUGUCGUUGGCGGACGAAGAUGCGGAACUCAAUAGACAACUAGAUCAGGUCUUGGAUCUAUUCCGCUUCGUACACGGAAAGGCUGUCUUCGAAGCGUUCUACAAGAACGAUCUCGCACGGCGUCUGUUGAUGGGUAGAAGUGCUAGUGACGACGCCGAAAAGAGCAUGCUGGCACGGUUAAAGACAGAAUGCGGAUCUAGCUUCACGCACAAUCUAGAAUCGAUGUUCAAGGACAUGGACUUGGCUCGCGAUGAGAUGGCAUCUUUCAAUUCCCUGCAGCGCGAACGACGAGAGAAGCGUGAAUUGGACCUCAAUGUGCACGUGCUGUCGUCCGCUGCCUGGCCUACGUAUCCCGACGUCCCCGUACGGAUACCGCAAAACGUCCAGAAGGCUAUCAACGGCUUCGAGCAGUUCUACCACAACAAAUAUAAUGGCCGGAAACUCCACUGGAAGCACCAAUUGGCACACUGCCAGCUGCGAGCCCGUUUCCCCAAGGGUGACAAGGAGCUUGUGGUUAGUUCCUUCCAGGCUAUCGUACUAUUGCUCUUCAACGAUGUACCUGAAGGUGAAACACUCAGUUACCCUCAGAUCCAAGAAGCCACAGGACUUUCCGAUCCGGAGCUGAAACGGACGCUGCAAUCGCUUGCAUGCGCCAAAUAUCGGGUGUUGUCGAAGAAGCCGAAGGGCAAGGAUAUCAGCCCGACUGAUGUAUUCGCAUACAACGCCAGCUUCUCGGACGCGAAGAUGAGGAUCAAGAUCAACCAGAUCCAGCUAAAGGAGACGAAGGAAGAGAACAAGACGACCCACGAGCGGGUGGCGGCCGACCGACAUUACGAGACCCAGGCGGCUAUUGUUCGGAUUAUGAAGAGUCGCAAGAUCAUCACGCACGCGGAAUUGGUGGCGGAGGUAAUCAAGGCGACGCGGAGUCGUGGUGUGCUAGAACCUGCUGAGAUCAAGAAGAACAUUGAGAAGUUGAUCGAGAAGGAUUACAUGGAACGUGAAGAGGGUAACCGGUACUCGUACCUUGCAUAGAUGGUGCUUGGAGUUUGUCAGACUCGUUGUAAGGAGAGAGAGACACGAAAUUACGAAUUGGACAAUGGAGACACCCUGUUGUUGUAUAUGCUGGUGUUCGGUAGAAAUUCAAAGCGUUGCGAAGUGUAUUUAGGAUACAUUGAUCGAUUCACAAUUGGUAUACCGAACCGUUAAGUAGUUAGUUACUUAGCCUGGGGGCUGUUCCGGAUCCCAGCAGAGCUCUUCCCCGCCGUGGGCCAAGCGGGAGGUCAACUGUUUCCUUAAUCUAUUAUUAUUCAGUUCUUGUCAUUCCAGCCUAGCAG